AUGGUACGAGCUUUUAUCAGUUGGAUGUCGGUGGCCACUGUAUUCCUGUCCUCGGGUGGGAUCACAGUCACCACGAACGCAACGGGAGCUCCUCCUUGCGACCUGCUCAUCGAAGCCGGCCUCGGCGACCGAGUCCGUUUCCCCUCCGACCCCGAAUUCGAGCUUCGCAUACAGUCCUACUGGGCUCUUGAUACGCGACGCCGGCCAUGGUGCUUGUUCAUGCCCCAUAAUGCGACCGAGGUCUCCAUGGGCUUGGUUGCAUUGCUCCAAGGCACGGACAAUGUCCACAGAGGAGCCGGGGACUGGCAUAUCGCAGUUCGCGGCGGUGGCCAUACGCUGGGACACACAAACAAUAUUGAAGACGGCGUGACCAUCGACCUAUUUUACCUGAACGAGACCACUUACGAUCCCGCGACAAACCUUGCCAGUGUUAUGCCCGGCAGUCUGUGGAGAGAGGUCUACCCAGUACUACACACGUACGGCGUGGUCGUUGCUGGCGGCCGUGACGGGGGCGUUGGCGUGCCUGGCAUCCUACUGGGAGGCGGCUCGAAUUACUACAUGGGUGAACACGGCUUUGGCUGCGACACUGUGAGAAACUACGAGGUCGUGCUGGCUGACGGGUCGAUCGUCGACGCCAACGAGGACGAGCACCGUGAGUUGUGGCGGGCAUUGAAGGGUGGCGGUAUCAACUUCGGCAUCGUUACACGCUUUGACAUGGAGGCGAUACCAGAUAUCCCACUCUCUUAUGGUAUGCGAACUAUGCCAGGAAAUGCCUCGGGCCAGUUUGUUGACGCGGUGGUCGAUUACACGGACAUUCAACAGCAGGCAUUUCCCAAGGAUGCCUUGAUCGCACUCAUCUUCAGCUUACCGGGAGUAGAGGUCCUGGCGACAGCUGAAGUCAACACAGCCGGCGUUCUCAACAGCCCUGGAUUUGACCACUUUGCACGUAUACCACAGUUGACUCCAUUUACUCCAGUCGUCACCAAUCUCUACGCGCUUGCCGCAGUCACAUCUCUGCCUGGAGGUUCUUGGUCGCUGAUUGAGACAUUGGCAUUCAAAACUAGUAGGCAGAUGCUAAACUAUGUCGUCGAAAGGAACAGGCAGCUCGUGGCAGACGUUGGGCUGGCCAUCGGACCAGCAAGUUUCUCCAGCAACCUCAUCUACCAGGCACUGCCGUCAUUCUUUGCCGAUAUCAGCGAAGAUCAAGGGGGAAAUAUGUUUGCCGAUACGUUGGGAGGACAUAAUGCUGUCCUGUGCACGAUUGAGCUGAUGGUCACCACCACUCAACGUGACCAUGCUGUCGCUUCAGCCAUGUUCCGCCAAUUCGCUGGGGACAUCCGAAGCUAUUUUGUGGCUAUAGGCGUAGACCAUCCGCUCGUUUACCUCAAUUAUGCCGAUGCCGUAUAG